AUGAGUACAAGGGAAACGACAGCUCAACCGCAAAAUGACUUCAUGAAAAUGUCGCUGUUGAAUUUUUAUGAUCAAAAUGCGAUGAAAGAAGCCUGUUUUCGUUUCCUUAUGCAAAAUCCAGUGGAGAAAACAUUGAUGCCAUUUGAAAUGCAAAAUAAUUUUGAAGCUACCACAUCUGUGCUGAACAAUUCCUCAAACUUUCAAUUCCCUAUUCUGGAUGCAUUGGCAUCAACAAGCGCUCCAGCUCCUAUCGUUUAUCCCCAACAAGAUUCAUUCGCUGAGGCUACCUCUGAAGCUAAGGCCAAUAACCUUUCUCCGUAUCCGAAUCCCACCCAGUAUGUAUCCAACAAUUCAGGGUGCAUUAAUGGAAAUAUCGGCAAAAAAGCUUUAUUGAGGAGGUAUCAGCAGCCAGUAGGAUCUCCAGCUGUAGCUGCGGAACCGCAGUUACGGUCAUGUGUAUUUAGAAACCAGUUGAAUGAACCUUCAGCGUGUGCUGUUCCGACAGUUCAGUGUUCAGGAGGUUCAGGAACGUUGAAGAGGCCACACCAUGGUGAUGUGGCUACAACGCCAACUAAAAUUUUUGCAAAUAAUUUUGCACUUGAAAACAAUUCUGCGGCAAUGACAAAUGUGCUCUCUAAUCCAGCCUUUUGUGAAAGUGGUCCACCUGCACAAAAAGAAUUGGAACCGGGAGCACCUAUUUUUCCUGAAGUGGUAGUGAAUGGGACAGCUGCUGCAGAAUAUUCUUGCGAUGUAUCUAUGGUACCAAAUUUUUUGUACAAUAGGGCAAUAGUUACAGCUGAAGAAGAAGAACUGAUGAAGACUGAUCCGAAUAAACUCCGUUGGGCAAACUCGUCAAUUGAUCAAAAUUUGCGUCAGGAGUAUGAAAACUGCAAAAAUUUACCAAACAUUCCCUGCAUAAAUGCUUGUAUUAUAUCGAAGUAUCAGAGGUGUGCUCCGUUUGGACCAAUGACUUCUCGACUAGACGAAUAUGGUACAACAGGCAAUCAAUGGCCAACAACUGCUUUAACGUCAGUGGAGAUUCCGAAACCGAUAUUUGACAAAAUUUUGUCUCGUGUCCUACACACUUUGCUUUAA